AUGAUGAAAUACAAAUUAACACGUAAAUAUAAUUUUAAAAAAAGCUAUAAAUAUUAAUUAAAAAAAAAGAAGAUAUUUUUUUUUAAAGUUUUGGAUAGAUAAUAAAUAUAAUAAUUUAAAAGAAAAAAAAAUGGGAUAAAUAAAAUCAAAGAUAGUACAAAAAUAUAUCAAUAAAAAACAAUAUACUAGCUUAGAAAGUGUAUUUUUUUAUAUUUAUUUUCUUGUUAAUAUUUGAAAUUGAUCAUUAUUUUUUUUAAGUUUGCUGAUUCUUAUUUGAGUUAUCAUGAAAUUUUGGAUUUAGAUUUUAGUGAAAAAUUGUAUGAAGAACAUGCCUUAAUAAUUGGAAAUACAAUUAAAAAAUGCUAAAAUCUUAAAAAUUUAACUUUGAAUUUAAGUAAAAAUUAGUUAGAUUUCUAAUGUUUAUAGCUCAUUAUUAAGGGAGUUCAUGAAUGUCAGAAUCUCUAAGUCCUUUAUUUAAAUUUGAGGAAUGUAUGUCUAACAGAUAAAGGAGAAUAUUUAGGAAUGAUGAUAGUAAAAAAUAUAAAUAUCUAAAAGUUAACUUUGAUUUUGAAUAAUAACUGUAUUCAUAAUUAAGAUGUAUAUAACUUAGUCUUAGGAGUAUCUAAAUGUCCUUAGAUAUCUAGCUUAGGUUUACAUUUUAAUGAUAUCGAUGACUAAGGAAUAUCAUUAAUUGGGUAAUCUUUAGCUCAAUUUAGAAAUCUCAAAAGUUUAAAAUUAGUUAUUUGGUAAAAAAAUAAUUAUUUCUUAUUAUUUUUUUUUGAAUUUUUUAGGUUUAACAACAACGGUGUAGCUUGCUUAUAAGAUUUACAAAUGGGUAUUGCACAAUGUGAAAAUCUUUCAAUAUUGAAUCUUAUAUUUGGUUUCUAAAACAACUAGAUAAAAUAAUAAAGUUUAAAUACUCUAGCUCAUUAAAUUAAAUUUUGGAAGAAAAUCACCUCCUUGAGAAUAAUUUUGGAAAUUAAUAAAUUUAUGUUUGGAGAAAUGGGUCAUAUUAUUGAUCUUCAAGCAAAAAAAUUGGAGAGACUAGUGGAUUUAAGAAUUAUUAACUUAUGA